UUUUUUUUUUUUUUGGCGGAGGAAGGGGGGUGUUCAGCUUUGAAAACGUUACGCUUCCUCGCUCCUCCCCUGGAGAGCAGCCCGGCGUGCAGGGAGGAGGGAGGAGAAAAGGGUGCUGUGUGUGUGUGCGUGCGUGUGCAUGGAGCACGGGGGCAGCCCCCAGCCCGACCCUCCUCCAGCCCUCCCAAGUUGCUGCCCGCCCGCCGCGGUGCGUCCCGCAGGCCUCUAAAGCUGUUUGUUGUUGUGUUCCCCCCGCCCCGACCCCCUCCCCACCCCUCUCCUCCCCACCCUCUGCCCAGGUCGGAGGAGGGUUUAAAGGCAGGUGCGCCCGAGGCCGCUCGCCAUGUCCAGAUCCGGGGACAGGACCUCCACCUUCGACCCCAGCCACAGCGACAACCUGCUGCACGGCCUCAACCUGCUGUGGAGGAAGCAGCUCUUCUGCGACGUCACCCUGACGGCCCAGGGCCAGCAGUUCCACUGCCACAAGGCUGUGCUGGCCUCCUGCUCCCAGUACUUCCGAUCCCUCUUCUCCAGCGGCGGCGGCCACCCCCACGCCCUGGGGCUGGGGCCCGGCGCCCAGGACGGGCUCGGGGGAGCCCCCCCGAAGGAGCCGCCGCCGCCGCCGCAGGAGGAGCCGGGCACGCCGUCCUCCUCCCCCGAGGACAAGCUGCUGGCCAGCCCGCGGGCCAUCAACAACCUGGUGCUGCAGGGCUGCUCGUCCAUCGGGCUGCGCCUGGUGCUGGAGUACCUCUACACGGCCAACGUCACCCUCUCGCUGGACACGGUGGAGGAGGUGCUGUCGGUCAGCAAGAUCCUGCACAUCCCGCAGGUCACCAAGCUGUGCGUGCAGUUCCUCAACGACCAGAUCUCGGUGCAGAACUACAAGCAGGUGUGCAAGAUCGCCGCGCUGCACGGCCUGGAGGAGACCAAGAAGCUGGCCAACAAGUACCUGGUGGAAGACGUGCUGCUGCUCAACUUCGAGGAGAUGCGCGCUCUGCUCGACUCGCUGCCCCCCCCGGUCGAGUCGGAGCUGGCCCUCUUCCAGAUGUCCGUGCUCUGGCUGGAGCACGACCGGGAGACCCGCAUGCAGUACGCCCCGGACCUGAUGAAGCGCCUCCGCUUCGCCCUCAUCCCGGCGCCGGAGCUGGUGGAGCGGGUGCAGUCGGUGGAUUUCAUGCGCACCGACCCCGUCUGCCAAAAGCUGCUGCUGGACGCCAUGAACUACCACCUGAUGCCCUUCAGGCAGCACUGCCGGCAGAGCCUGGCCAGCAGAAUUCGUUCCAAUAAGAAAAUGCUGUUAUUGGUUGGAGGAUUGCCUCCCGGACCUGACCGGCUACCCAGCAAUUUGGUUCAGUAUUAUGAUGAUGAAAAGAAGACAUGGAAAAUACUGACAAUUAUGCCAUAUAACAGUGCACAUCAUUGUGUCGUGGAAGUGGAAAACUUCUUGUUUGUACUCGGAGGAGAAGACCAAUGGAACCCUAAUGGGAAGCACAGCACAAACUUUGUUAGCCGAUAUGAUCCCAGGUUUAACAGCUGGAUACAACUUCCACCCAUGCAAGAGAGGAGAGCCAGCUUCUAUGCCUGCCGCCUGGACAAGAACUUAUAUGUAAUCGGCGGAAGAAAUGAAACUGGCUAUUUGUCCAGCGUGGAGUGCUACAACCUGGAGACAAAUGAGUGGCGUUAUGUGUCUUCCUUACCACAACCUUUGGCAGCCCACGCAGGAGCCGUUCACAAUGGCAAGAUAUAUAUUUCAGGAGGUGUUCACAAUGGAGAAUAUGUCCCCUGGCUGUACUGCUAUGACCCUGUGAUGGACGUCUGGGCCCGAAAACAGGACAUGAACACAAAACGGGCGAUCCACACUUUGGCUGUAAUGAAUGACCGACUUUACGCCAUUGGAGGAAACCAUUUGAAAGGUUUCUCCCACCUCGACGUAAUGCUUGUGGAAUGCUAUGACCCUAAAGGUGACCAGUGGAAUAUCCUCCAGACUCCUAUUCUGGAGGGCCGCAGCGGUCCUGGCUGUGCAGUCCUUGAUGACAGUAUUUACCUUGUAGGAGGAUACAGCUGGAGCAUGGGGGCCUACAAAUCUUCUACUAUUUGCUAUAGCCCUGAGAAGGGGACUUGGACAGAGCUAGAAGGAGAUGUUGCUGAGCCACUUGCAGGUCCUGCUUGUUCAACUGUCAUAUUGCCAGCCUGUGUACCAUACAACAAGUGAUAGUGGAGGAGCACUGACACGGACACUGAUUGCAUUUGGGAAAAUAAUGACGGGUGACGUAAAUAUUUUCUUAGAACAGGAUUCCUGUUAAACAAAUCUACUGUAAUUGACCCUUUAUUCCAUACUUACGCUUUAGGAGCAAACUAAAAGAGAACAAAAAGAAAGUGUUGUCCCAUCUCAGAUAGAAGCCAGUGUCUUAUGAAGCAAGUAGCUAAAACACACCGAACAGUACAUGCUGACAGACUGCCAUUUCAGACUGAUUUUAACUUUUUCCUGCUGCAGAAAGAUUCCUCACGUCAAAUCUAACUUUAAAAGUAUGAAGGCUAAAUGUUCAGACACAGCCUGAAGAGACAAGAUCAGUAUUGUGCAUUGUAUCUACCUGCAUGUGAUCUGUGUUGAAGUCAUGAGGAUGUUGUUUUCAUGAAUGCUUCAAAAUUCAGAUAGUGAAAAGCUCACUCUGCAUUGCAGAAUUGUCUCCUCCUGUAAUCCUAACCUACAGCUACUACACAUGCUCUGCAAGCAACACAGGAUCGAAGAUUAUAGAAGGUAAAGAAGUGUCAUUCAGUUUUUGCACAGCUUGUCAUCAGAUACACUCUGCCUUCAAAGUCCCCACGUGUAAGUGUAGUGGAAACCAAGACUACACUGAAACCCAUGCUUUACAGAGCACUUCCUUCAGUAGCCAGUUUGGGAAUUGGGGUCAAAUUCUCCUUGUCACACUUGUGUAAAGUCAGAGUCGUUUCGCUGAAAUCACAUGGAAUGACUACUUUCAUGUUAGUAGAAUAGCAGAAAUUCGGUCCUACACCUUAAAUUCUGGGUUCAUACAGUAAGUUAUUUCUAUAACCAAGUAAUGGAGCACCAGAACCCUUCCUUACUUUUUCUCACCCACCCGUUAUGAGCAUAUGUGCUAGUUGCUUCCAAAGACAACAAGACUGCAUUUAACUGUAAAUGUAUUACUUUGGACUAUUAAAUGAUUGCACACAAUUUUAGAGGGGGACCGCUGAGUAGUUAAAAUACUCCCAUGUGACUGGUCUGAAAUGUAGCCAGAAAGAUUUGUAUUAUUGAUCCAAAGUAACAUGAGGCUGGACUUUCCACUGCCUCGUAGCUCGUGUAAUUAUUUACACAGUGCAAAGCAAGUUCAGAGUGCUUUAUUUCAGACUCGCUUUAUGAACUCUUAGUUGCUUGUACAAAUCAGACUAUCCAUGUUUUAAGCUUAUGUCUUUCUGUCCUGCCAUUGCAGAAGCAGUGACAAAAUCUGAAGUCUGGUAUUUAACAUAAUCAUCUACAUCUCAGCAAAAUAUAUGCAGAAUUCUUCUAUUGUGGUUUACGGAUGCUACAUCCAUUACUCUCAAACCAUCUUCCUCACUGAUAUAAAGUGAUAUUGCUCCAUUGAAGCCAGUGUGCUUUGAUGUGCUUCUGGCUCGUGUCAGAUAAGAAUCUGGCCUUUAAAUUGCUUAGUUUUAACUGGCUGCACCAAGUAAGAGGCAAAGCAAUCUCACAUCCCGCAUUUUCAAGCUUGUGCAUAUCUUUCAUGAUAGGUUGUAAUGCUAAUGCAUUAAGCAAGGAGCAGAUGACUGCUGGAGGUUGGCUUCUACUGCAGAGGCAAUAGACGUGAGGAGGAACUCAUUAUUUGCUUUGCAAAAUAGAAAGAGGACGAAUGUAUUCAGAAAUUACACCAUAUAUUGAAGCUUGAGAGCAAUAUAAAUAAUGGAGAGCAAAUACUGCGGGACUGUUUCUUUCUGGCAUCAGUCCAGUUUUAUUGCAGUACAACUCCUGCAGAAUUACGCAGAUGUAAAAUUGGAGUAAUGCAGUGAAGACUGAUAAGCAUACAAAUGCAAUAAACCAAUUGAUGAAGUAGCUGCAUGCCUGGAAAAAGAAAAUGUUUAAACAAAAUAAUUAUCUGAAGAUGCUAAUAUUUGAAUGUGUCGUUGAGGAAUUUUCCAGUGAGCAUCACUAAGGAACUCGUAAAGGUGGAGUGUAUAUCCUGAAAUCUCAAAUCCAUUUCUACUAUAUAGUGCAAUCUUAGUUGGUUUUGUAUUUAUUUAUAUUGUUCAGAUCCAAGGGAUCCCUUGUAAAAUAUAUUUGGUGCAAUCAUGACUUUUUUUUUCCUGUUGAAAGUUAUAUAAAUAUAAAUAUAUAUUAAAAGGAAACUGUCAAGAUACUAAACGAGGAAACUUAGAACAACAUUUAAGAUCAUGAUAAGGUCUGCCACUAAACACUGACUGUCACUUGUCUCUACUGAAAUGUACCAUCUUAAAGGACAUUUGUUGUCCUUUUAAGUGGUUCUUUUUUUUUACCAAGAUAAUUUAAAGAUUUAAGAGGUCUCUAUGUAAAUCUUUCUAUCUUUCAGGAAGGCAUGACCAAGGAAAGUGCUAACUGAAUAAGUCACAAAAAGAAUGUAAAUUUUGUACAGUAUUAGACUGUGUAAAUGAAGCUUGCUCGUAGGGGGAAAACUUUAAAUAAAACUUUAUGUACUAAUUCAACUGUCUGCCAUAUUCCUACUUAUAAAGUGUAUGUAUAAAUGAUAACUACAUUAAA